AUGCCUGCCCCGCGCCUGCUCGUGCGGCCAGUGCUGCUGGGUGUCUCCCGCCCGGCCUUGUCUCUCCGGCUGCGAGCCGCACCCACCAUCGUCCGAUACCGCUUCCUCUCCCACACGCGACCACUCGGCGACGAAAAACUCCCGCCUCAGAACCAGCAAGACCCUUAUGACCGCCUCCGCGAUGCCAAGCCUCUCGUCUCGAACCGCGCGGCCGGUCGCUUCACCCGCGCCGGCACCAGUCGCAACUCGCGCUUGUUCGUUCUCGCAACCGUGCUCGCGGCGGUGGGCUUCUACCUCUACAACUCGCAGACGGUGCCCGUGACGGGUCGCCGGCGCUUCAACUUCCUCUCCGACUCCAUGGUGGCGCGCGCGCACUCCAAGGCCGCCGGGCAAAUCAUUGAGCAGGUCAAGGCGCAGGGCGGUCACUUCCUCGGGGACUGGGACCCGCGUACCAUUUUGGUCAAGAGGGUCAUGAAGCGGUUGAUUCCUGUGAGCGGCAUGACGGACCUCAAUUGGGAGAUUUAUGUCAUUGCUGAUAGCCGAACGGCCAAUGCCUUUGUCCUCCCGGGAGGCAAAGUUUUCGUCCACAGCGGCAUCCUCAAUGUCUGUCGAAACGAAGACGCCCUCGCCGCGGUGCUGGGCCACGAGAUCGCACACAACACGGCGUCGCACGCGGCCGAGCGCCUGUCAGCAGCGUGGGUGGGCAACCUGACAGCCGGCAGCUUGUUCUUCCUCGCCGGCGCUCUACCCGGUCUCGCGCUCUUUGGACUAUGGAAUUUCGUGGGAGGGUACUACCUACAAGACCUAUUGUUCUACUUGCCAAUGGGCCGUAAGCAGGAGAGCGAGGCGGACUACAUCGGGCUCAUGAUGAUGGCCGAGGCAUGCUACGACCCGCGGCAGGCGGCCGGGUUCUGGCAACGGAUGGAAUCCAUCCAGAAGUCUGGUGGGCAGGAAGUGCCGGAAAUGUUGAGCACGCACCCUUCAAACGAGAAUCGGAUCAGCAAGAUUGGGGAGUGGAUGCCGGAAGCGAUGGAGAAGCGGAUGCAGAGCGACUGCAGGGGAACGACGGCGUUUGCAGAUCGAUUCCGAAGGGCAAUGCGGAGAGGGUCAAUUGAAGUGCCUGCUGCGUCUGCGUCUGCGUGA